GCCAAUGAUCUUUUUCCACAUUUCUUGAUAUCGUCAAACUUGAGUGGUUUGACGCGUGUCAGUACAAGAUAAGUUUCAUUUUUACAAAGUGUGUUCACCUCUCGGGGUUGAAACGAUUCUGUAAGACUAGAAAACAGCGUAUCAUCAUGUUGGCAACCAGCGCAAUACUUUGCAUUUUAAUUCCUACGCUAAUAUUUGCUGAAAAGGCUAAGGGACCGAAAGUGACCGAUAAGGUGUAUUUUAAAAUCAAGAUCGGUGAUGAAGAAGUUGGGCAAAUAGUGAUGGGGCUUUUUGGAAAAACUGUUCCAAAAACUGUGGAGAACUUUAAAAAGUUGUCUGAAGGCUUUGAUGAUAAUGGAAAAACAAUAGGCUUCCAGGGUAGCAAGUUUCACAGAGUAAUUAGCAACUUUAUGAUUCAAGGCGGUGAUUUCACACGUGGAGAUGGAACUGGAGGUAAAAGUAUUUACGGAGAACGUUUCCCUGAUGAGAAUUUCAAGCUGAAGCACGUUGGUGCCGGUUGGAUGUCCAUGGCAAAUGCUGGAAAAGACACAAAUGGAUCCCAGUUUUUUAUUACCACAACCAAAACCAGCUGGCUAGAUGGAAAGCAUGUAGUGUUUGGAAAAGUUUUAGAAGGAAUGGAUGUGGUUAGGAAGAUAGAGUCAAUUGAAACAGGUAGUAAUGACAGGCCUGCAAAAGUUGUACUCAUAUACGAGUCUGGAAGUAUAAAAGUCGACAAGCCGUAUGCUGUGGAGAAUAAGCCCUCCGAAGAAUAGUUGUUGUUUUUUUGUUUCUUUUAAACUUACAUGGAAUGACUGUAGACUGGUUUUCUUCUCACACAUUGGUUUAAAUAAAACGUGUUAGUAUUAUGUUUUGUUGCAAUCAUAUGUUUCUAAGGCCAGAAAAAUUAUCAUAGUACUUUGUUUGUUUAUAUGUGUACUUUUAUUAAUUCUGUUACUAUUAUUAGUAUAUUAAAAUAAAAAGAAGUUAAUUUGUAUUUUGUUGCAAAUAGCUAGGUCCUUUUAAAACUUAUUUAAUACUAGUUUUUACAAUGUAAUUAGACAAAACAUUUUAUAUCGAAUUUAAAUUUAUUUUCUGAGCAAAGUUUUUGUGUAAGUUCAGCUUUUAUUUCUUUUCAAAUUCAGCAAGUUUGAAUGGUUGAGGUCCUUUUAAAAAUUGUUUAAUACUAGUUUUUACAAUGUAAUUCGACAAAACUUUUUAUAUCAAAUUUAAAUUUAUUUUCCGAGCAAAGUGUUUGUGUAAGUUCAUCUUUUAUUUCUUUUCAAAUUCAGCUAGUUUGAAUGGUUGAGGUCUUUUUGUGAGUGAACAUCUAUGCACAUUCCCAAGCAUGUAGGAACUAGGGGGUGGUAAAUCACAGCCCUCCCCAUUUGAGGAUAAUAUAUAUUUGUUCUUCAUUUAAGGUCCUGCUGUAUGUAUAUAAGAAGAUAAACCAUUUCUCAUAAUGGCCACUACAAAUACACAGACACACCACUUUAAACGUCCUUCCCACAAGCUUGUUCCACUGUUGUAUGAUGCCAUUCAUGUAAAAUUAAACAUUGACAAAAUUAGUUACUUUGAAGUUUUGUUUGCUGGAAAGCCUUAUCUGGCAAAUGCUAUUUUUUUACUCUUUAAAAAAAAAAAAAAAAAACCUCCUAAAAUUUCAUGUGCAGCACUGAAAACAGAUGUAUUUUAGUAUUUUAUAUAUAAAUUUGUCUAAUAAGUAACCUGUGGUGUAAACAAUACAUUUGGCACUUUGCUCACAUGUCUGUAUCAUUCUUUAUAUCAAUCAGUGUCCUUACAAGUUUGAAUCAUAAAUCUGUCACACGUGAUGACGAUAUUGAUAGUAACAUGAUACUGAAUGUUUUGUGUAUUUACAUUAUUAUUGCCGUUAAGUCAUUAUGUGUGAGCCUGGUAAGUGCCGAGUGUCAAGAAUUAUAUGUUUGUUAUUAAAUAACUAGGUAACAUGUUAUCAGAUUUCAUUAUAAAUAUAUCACAUUCAUAUAUAAUUACAAUUGUUUGUCAGCCAUCAAAAAUAAAAAUAUAAAACAUUA